CGCGCUGCAGGGAUACUUAUGGCGUGGCAGUUACGCCACUUAUUGUUACUUUAGCUGCUGUAACCAAGCGAAACGUGGAGUCGGUAAUCGGAGACUCUGUAUUCUACAUCCCUCCGUUAAAGGGCCAUUCGUUUUGGAAUAGGUGUAACAAGUCAUAAAGCUGCGGGAAGUUUUCCGAGCAAGUUAGCAAGAUAUAAGCUGCAUGGGACUGUUAGAGAAAAGAUGUUUUUCGUCUUUUAUGAAAUGUGGUCCGCUUUCCUUUUCUUCUGUCUACAUUCAGUGGCUGCUCAAAGUCAAUGUAAAAUCGUACAACGGUUUGCUGAUUGCAGUCAUCUGAAACUCAAAGAAAUUCCUUCAGAUCUUCCUGUGAACAUAACAGAACUCAAAGUCUCCCACAAUCAGCUCAAGGCACUGUCUGUAGGGGUCCUGUCCAGAUACAGUCAACUUACUCAUCUAGAUGCAGGCUACAAUCUUAUUGCCAAGGUGGAGGAGGGACUGUGCACCAGUUUGCCUCUUCUGGAAGUGCUGAACUUGCAACAUAAUGUAAUAUACCAUCUUACCAAUAAAUUCUUUCAAUUUUGCAGCAAUCUAACCGUAUUGUUUCUGCAGUAUAACAAAAUUCCUGCUAUCACCAAUGAUCCUUUUUUAAAGUUACAGAAUUUGAAAAUUCUGGAUGUUUCUCAUAAUGCUUUGAAAUCCCCAGUCCUUGGACAGCAGCAGCAGCAACUGCCGAAUCUUAAGGAGCUUGUGCUUUCCAGCAAUUCAAUAACUCGUUUGAAGAAGGAGGAUCUGACCGCCCUUAGCAAUACUUCACUGAUAAAGCUGGAUUUAUCUGCCAACCCACUAACAAAGUUUGAACCUGGAUGCCUCCGUACCCUUCAACAGCUAGACAUUCUGGUUAUGGAUUCCAUUAUGCUAGGAUUAAAUCUCACAGAAGAGCUUUGCAUGGAACUGGAAAAUACAUCCAUUAAAAUGCUCUCGCUAAGGAAGGUCAAUCUCUCAAGAAUUGCCAGCACCACUUUUGCAGGAUUAGAAGUAACUCAACUUAAAGUUCUUGACCUGUCUGAAAACACGCUAUCUUUAAUUGAAGAUAAUUCAUUUAAGUGGCUUGAAAGUCUUGAGUACCUCAACCUUCAUGAUAACAGAAUUUCACAUAUAUCUGUUAACACAUUUUCUGGAUUGAAUAACCUAACACACUUAAAUUUGAAAAAAUCUCUGAGAACAAAAAAUGCAACUAACAUUGGCUCUAGAAUAGAUGAUUACUCAUUUCAGCAUCUUAAGAGCUUAAAGCAACUUAUUAUGGAAGAUAACAUUUUUCCUAGAAUCACAGUUAAUAUGUUUAGUGGUUUAUUUAGCCUAAUAUACUUAAGUUUAGCAAAUUGCUCUACUGAUUUAAACACUGUGACCAAUGCAACCUUUUCAUCCCUCUCCAACUCGCCUCUUGAAAUUCUUAAUUUAACAAGAACUAAAAUUUCAAAAUUAGAAAAAGAAGCAUUUUCUAGUCUAACAAAAUUAAGAAAACUUUAUGUAGGAUUUAAUGCAAUUGCACAGACCCUGAGAGGUGAUGAGUUUAAAGGCCUUGUUAGUAUUAAAGAGAUAUACCUUUCUAACAACAUUAAGGUAACAUUAACAUCAUAUUCCUUUAGCCAAGUUCCAACUCUAAGUAUACUGAUGCUGAGCAGAACAAAGGUUGAUAAUUUGGAGAAAUUAACACCUUCACCCUUUAAACCUCUUCAGAAUUUGACAAUUCUUGAUCUUAGUAAUAACAACCUUGCAAACCUAAAUGACGAACUGUUUAAUGGACUCCACGGUCUUGAAAUUUUGAAACUGGAGCACAAUAACCUAGCUCGCCUUUGGAAGCAGGUGAAUCCUGGAGGACCUGUGCUGUUCUUGAAAGGUCUGACAAACCUGCACGUACUUCAGUUGUCUAGAAAUGGCUUUGAUGAGAUUCCAGUAGAUGCUUUUAGGGGUUUGGAUCACUUAGUACAUCUAGACCUUGAUUCAAAUAAUUUGAAUUUUCUACCAGAUACAGUAUUUGAUGGGCUGAGAUCACUUAAGUUGUUGAGCCUAAGGAAAAAUCUGAUUACUUCUGUCCCCAGAGGAGUGUUUGGCUCAGUUUUCCAGAAGCUGGAAACUCUUCAGAUGGCAUUUAAUCCCUUUGAUUGCACUUGCGAAAGCAUUUCUUGGUUUGUUAACUGGCUAAAUGGCACAAACACUAGCAUCCCUGAACUCAGCUCUCAUUACAUUUGUAACACCCCACAAAAGUAUCAUAAUGCUUCUGUAACAACCUUUGACACCUCUCCUUGCAAAGAUGUUGCCCCUUUUUACGUGUUAUUUACUGUAACUCUAAGUGUUUUGCUUCUUAUUAUUGUUACAUCCAUUUUUACUAAAUUCCAAGGAUGGAGAAUGGAAUUUUACUGGCAUGUCAUAGUGAAUAGAGUUCUUGGGUAUAGAGAAAUUGAUCCACUGGAAGUAAGGUUUGAGUAUGAUGCUUACAUUAUUCAUGCCAAAAAGGACAACGAUUGGGUUGUUAGAAAUUUACUGCCACUCGAAGAAAAUGAUGUUAGGUUUUGUUUUGAAGAACGUGAUUUUGAGUCUGGGAGAUCUGAGAUGGAAGCUAUUGUGAACAGUAUCAAAGAAAGCAGGAAAAUUGUAUUUGUUGUCACACGUGAGAUUUUAGAGGAUCCCUGGUGCAAGAGAUUCAAGAUAUAUCAUGCUGUUCAUCAGGCUAUAGAACAAAGUCGAGAUUCCAUGGUUGUGAUCUUUCUUGAAGACAUCCCUGACUACAAACUUUACCACGGACUUUGUCUUCGUAGAGGAAUGUUCAAGUCUCACUGCAUCUUGCAUUGGCCAGCACAGAAGGAGAGAGUGAAAGCAUUUCAUCAGAAUCUGAAAGUUGCAAUUGGGUCAAGCAAAAAAGCUGUGAAGAAAUUAGCACUCUGUCUUACAAAGCAUCGACGGAAUCUCAUUGUUGAAAGGUAUCAGUCAGAAGAAGGGUAAAACAGCAUUGGAUAUACCAUGGAACACACUGAAGACGGUCACCAAAAAGUGGAG